AAUUUGCCCCAGAAAACACUUCACUUGCCAGAAUCACCGGCUUCUCUCAUGCAUACCUAAACGAAACGCACAGCCGACCUUGUUCGUGAAGACGAAGACCGAGUCACUCUAGUCGCCGGACCUACUACCCGAGAAGGUCUGAUUGUGAGCGUAGCUGCAAUCGCCGUUGUGAAGAAGCUGUUGAGGUCCGUAAAUAGGCGAAAAUGUCCAUCUUGCUUGUGACGAGCUUAGGAGAUAUAGUCAUUGACCUUUUCACGGAUCUCUGUCCCUUAACCUGCAAAAAUUUCUUGAAGCUUUGCAAGAUUAAAUACUACAAUGGGUGUCUGUUCCAUACGGUACAAAAGGAUUUUACUGCACAAACUGGGGAUCCUACAGGAACGGGGUCUGGAGGUGAUUCCAUUUACAAAUUCUUAUUUGGAGAUCAGGCUCGUUUUUUUGGGGAUGAAAUUCGACUGGAUAUAAAGCAUAAAAAAAUGGGGACGGUUGCUAUGGCUAGUGCAGGAGAGGAUCUUAAUGCUUCUCAGUUCUAUAUCACUCUGCGUGACGACCUUGACUAUCUAGAUGGGAAGCACACGGUCUUUGGGGAGGUGGCAGAGGGGAUUGAGACCCUAGAGAGGCUAAACGAGGCUUAUGUUGAUGAGAAAUCCAGGCCUUAUAAAAAUAUUAGAAUCAAGCACACUUACAUCUUGGAUGAUCCAUUUGAUGACCCUCCUCAUCUUACUGAAUUUAUUCCGGAUGCUUCACCUGAGGGAAAACCCAAAGAUGAGGUUGAUGAUGUUGUGCGGCUUGAAGAUGACUGGGUGCCCAUGGAUGAGCAAUUAAGUACAGCAGAGCUUGAGGAGAUAAUUCGUGUAAAAGAGGCACAUUCCAGUGCAGUAGUACUUGAGACUAUUGGAGAUAUUCCAGAAGCUGAAGUAAAACCUCCUGAUAACGUGUUGUUUGUUUGUAAACUAAAUCCUGUUACAGAAGAUGAGGAUUUGCAUACAAUAUUUUCUCGAUUUGGAACGGUUAUAUCUGCUGAAGUUAUACGGGAUUUUAAGACUGGAGACAGUUUAUGUUACUCGUUCAUUGAGUUUGAAGAUAAAGAUGCCUGUGAGCAAGCAUAUUUUAAGAUGGACAAUGCUUUAAUUGAUGACAGAAGGAUACAUGUAGAUUUCAGUCAAAGUGUUUCAAAAUUGUGGUCCGACUACAGGCGCAGGGAUCUCCAAAAGGGUAAAGGUAAAGGAUGUUUCAAAUGUGGCGCACUUGACCAUAUAGCUAAGGAUUGUGGAGGAGACUCAUCAACUCAACAGCAACCUCCAAAGUACACAAUAAAAGACGAUAAUACCCAGCGUGGUGGUGGUGGUGGAGAUAAUAACUCAAGGUACGAAAUGGUAUUCGACGAGGGUCCUGUCAAAACACACCAUGAAAUUGAAAAGAAACAAACGGGAGAAAAACAAAUUUCAGAGGAUUUCAGAAAAAAAGAAGGCGAAGAUGAUAAUAGACGUGACAGAGCUAGUAGAGAAUAUAGAGACCGUGAUAGGAACCGUGGACGAGAAUUGGAUGUACAAGAAAGAGAGAAAGAUAUGGAUAAACGACGUGAUUAUAGGAGUUCAGAUAGAGAUAAUAACAGAAACGGUAGUAGAGAGUAUGUAAAGAGGAGUAGAGAUGACGAGAAUCGAGACAGGAAAAAUGAUGAAAGACAUAGGAGGACAGGUAGGGAUGAGGAGGAUGGCCGCAGAAGCAGAAAAGAAGAAGGUGAUAAUGGGAGGAGAAGCCGAGAAGUUGAUAAUUAUCGCGAUCGUGAGAAAUUCAAUGAUGGACGUGACAGAAGGAACGAAGAUAGGUCAAAGGGUGAUAGGGAUUACAGGAAGAGAAGUCGAGAAAGGGAGGAUGAUCAUGAUCGUCGAAGUAGGAGGUGAUUCUUCUUAAUAUUUAAGAUUUUGGUAGGAAUUGUUGGAUUGAAAUGGAGCAUUUUGUGGUUUUUGGACAAUCUAUAUUUUGUAGCCUUUUUUUUGUGUGUGUGUUUUUCCUUCUUUUAAUCUAAAGACCAAUUUGUAACAAAACAAAAUGUCACUUCUCAACAGAUAUAUUUCAGUCCUGUUUGAUCUUUUCUCUAGACAACUUAUCUAUAAGGAAC